GCCAUUCAUCCCUCUCCACAUAUCGACAGGAUCUGCCACAUCGUUGCAUUGGAUAAAGUCAAUUCAAGCCUCGCCCAUUCUCCCUGACAAUCCUCUUAUCUUUACGAGUUGCUGUUUGAAGUGCAAUUGUGUAUUCAGUGUCCUUACAUCUGGCCUUGACGCCCGCCCCAAUUUCUUCAACCCACGUUCUCCAACGGCCAGAACGCCAACGAACUUUCUGGGGUAUACAGUGCACUCUUUCUGGCUCUUUCGUUCCCCAACCAUCACGCGACAUCAAGUGCUGUCGCCUAGCAUGUGCUUCUACGCCCGCCAUUUCCAGUCAAUGAUCAAGUUCUGGUUGGAUCCUCAGGCGACAGUCUUCAAUUGAAGCGGAGCAAGUCGUCGAUCAAACCAUGGCCGUCACCGACAUGAUGCAUCGCUUCUCACGCUCUCGCGGAGAAUCUCAAGAACCCGAACGCAACGAAGCACCCGUACCCUCGACACGUAGUCUCUCACUUUUAUUUCCACCUAGAGAGUCCUACGACCGUGCCAACAAUACAAAGAUCUCAUCGAAUACACCAAAUGAACCUCUCUACGACCAGGACACGACCAUCACAUUUCCGCUCUCGCCGGACGAGGAGCCUAGAAUAAUAAUCGCCCAAGAUGACACUGGUGUCUCAAUCGAUCGCCUCCUCUUCGACUCUCAAUGGACCCGCAAGACCAGCAGGGUCAAGACCGACGACUCCAACGGGGAGUCAAAGAAUUUUUCUUCCAGGCCGUCUUCAUCCGUCGGCCCACAAUCGCCAACGAGCAGUGGUUUCCUUCGAAGUCAGCAAUCCCGUGGCCAUAGAUCCACCAUUUCUGUUGUGCCAGAGCGUAAUGGAUCCCCGCCGACCCGUCCGUCGAUGCCGCGCCUCGACUCAACUUUCGUCCCUUCCACUCAGUUCCGCCGUACCCCUACAACGGCCUCACUUGCAGAUUCUCGCAAAGACAUCAACAGCCCUGUUGAGAAUACCGCCGAAGAGAUGGAUUCUUGGCUGGACUGCAUGUUUGGCAAAGCGCCGAUGAGAUACAAGGGACCUGUUACGAAGUUACACCAUGUUCAGCGCCAACCGCCAGACGAGCCGCAGGACCUCCGCCCAAAGUCGUCUCCACGUAGUGGAUUUGGCUCAUACCAAGCAAAGGACAGCUCGCCCUUGAGACCCAGCUCUACUGUCUCGAUCAAGAGAAGGAAGGACGCUUUGCUCCUGUGCACAACUUUUGCUGUCAACAUGCACGACGAAGAUCUUCCCGAGCAAUUACAACAGGCCGCAUCGAGUCAUGGAUCACAUCAAUCAUGUCCACGGAAAAAGCGCUUCAGCACACCUAUGUUUGGCGUGGCUAUCCUUCUACCCCUGAAGAAUGGCAAUGCGUCCAGUGACAAGAAACGGUCACAAGGACACCUUUCCGACCAGACCGAUCCUGUUCAGGCCAUCCUUGAUGAUUGGCACAUAUUUGCCAGGGCUCUUGAUGCCCUGAGAACAACCACUCUCGUACACAUUCAGCAAAGGCUUAAGAUAAAGGCCGAGGCCCUAGCACGGUCCAAGACUGCUGUAUCGCGUACAGUCCCGCGCUUAGUCAAGCUUGAGCCAAGUGCGUUCGAGCAUACUUCACAGAUCCUCGAGAUGUCCUCGUCAGUUAUAGAUCGCAUCGUCCGUAGCUACCAAGUACUACAAGCUGGACCACAACGUGACUGGAGCAUCUGGAGAGAUGAACUACGCGACUACACUCGCGUCUCGCAAGAUGCUGAUUCAAAGAGAGGCUUCUUCAACCUGCACAAGAUCAACUUUAUGCAGGCAGCCUUGACUGCCGCUUUGGGUGUAGAUCUUGGCUGGCUCAACAUCUUCGCCCCUCCACAGCAUCAGGCUCGAUUACGCGAGGAACGUCAGAAAAGCCGAACGACUUUUGAUCAGGCUCAGAACCGUACAGUCAUUGUAAGCAUGGAUCAGAACAAGGCUCGCAAUCUCAUCUUCAUCUUCGCGAAGCUAUUCCCUUGUCCUGCGUCAGAGGCACAAUUCGAAAGCUUGAGACGUUCUUCGUCGAGUAGUCUGAAUUCUGCCAAGAAAUGUGUUUCGGCUCUCACGCAGGGCUUGAAAAGCGUAGAAUAUGCUUCGGACGAAAGCCAAACGAAACCACACACGGUCGAGUAUACGAGCAAGUAUAACGUCAAGGACGCACCUAGAACGCCGACAAUAUUCGAGCCGAUGCUACAUGCCUCGCCUGGCUCUUCUCCGACCAAGACUCUGGCUAUCAACAACUUAGCAUCGUCAACCCGUAAAUCUAGUAUAGUCAAUACUUCCGGUAAGAUCGACAUAUCGGGUAAGGCCACCAUGGCUGUACCAAUCAGUGCGCCGACUUCGGGUCGCAACACACCCUCUGGCUCUCCAGAGACUCGUCCUGGUAGUAGUCUAAAUGCACAGGGAGAUCUCAUGCGCCAUCUGCAACGCGCGAGCAGUAGCACUACGAGUAACGGCAGUACCGAUUAUACGAGCCUGUGGAACAGCCUCAGAAGCAGCACCCGGAGUCUCAAACCUCGUCGCGAGUCUUCGCUGACUGAGAGGAGUGACAGCUUCACCAGCAGUGGUCAGCGUGAGCAACCCCCUGGCAUUUUGAAGACUAGCAAAAGCUUUGCUGCGCGCCAGAGCUCCAACAAAUUGGUACGCAUGGUUGAAGAGGUGCACGGUAUAGAGGAAGCCGAUGAGAAGAACGGUCAACCAAACUUGAGACGAAAAAAAGGUCCACCACGCAUAUCGCCAAUAACCAUGGCCCACAAGACCUCCGCCUUGCAGUUUGAUCCACCAACCUCUGACUAUGCCGGGAUAGCCUAUACCUAUAACCAGGACGAAGGUAUAGUCGAUGUCGACUUCCCGGGCUGCACUCCCAUAGCCAGUGUGGUCCGCAACCCCUCUCCUAAAGUGCCUAGGUUCAAGGUUCCAAGCAACAGAGGCCAAUUUCCUCUCCAGAAGUUCAGUACGGUCGAGGCUAGCCCAGUAACGGAGACUCACAACUGUCAAGGACUUGCACGAUACGAUAGGAUUGCUGGAUAUCUUGGGAAGUUUCACCCUGAUUUUGCUUUACAAGCCACGAGGCCUUAUGCAGAGCUGGUUGACGAAGUCAAGUGCGCAAUGCGGGCUGAACCAUCACCCAUGGUUGAGCCAUCAGAGAACCUGAGAGUCUUUAGCCAGGAAACAUGGAUCGAUGUUUGCUCGACGGUCUUUAUGGAUGCUGAGGCUCUGACAGUGAGGAAGUUGAUCCUCCGUAGACGCGUGCGAUACAAGUUGAUUGUACCUGAUGACUCGCCUAAUUUUCCGAGGCAACAUGCCGCAGUUAAUGGAAGAAAGCAGUCGACCUGCUCUUCUAACGGCAGUGGGUCGGACCAAGACAGUCAGAUCAAGGUCAUCAAAUCAGAUGACAUGGACUCGAUCAAGCGCACAUACAAGCGCAAUGAUAACGGUCAGAAGACUGGGUUCCGCGAUCAACGGAUCUUGAAGACGGAUCUUCCUAACGCCGGCUCGGCUGAAGGUGUACUCAACAACCAUGUUGCUGGCCGCCACUCGAUCGACGCUCUUGGAAACGUUCUCUCCGAGAAGGGUGAUAAUGUGGAGACUCAUUCAUCAAGUGCGCAAUCUUCGCAUACCAAUGGAAGUCGAGUAGACUCGCCCAUGAUGAUUAAGGACCAAUCUGCACUUCUGGAUCAUCGCCCGAGCGCUACCGUCGUCGUUGGUGAAGAUCUAUCUGAGUUCAUCGAGCACCGCAAGACCAAUAGCUUCCCUGCAAAAGAAGCCGCAGCAGUGGUCACAGCUACGAAGCGAGUGCCAAUCCACAACAAAGAAGGCAAAAUCAGUGGCUGGAAAGAGGUUUGCACAAACAAACCUGACGAACCUGGACUGAACGAUUUGCCCACUGGCUUCGUCGAAAAGCGUCGCGAUAAAGCAGCAGCGAUUGUAGAAUGUCAGACGUUGGCCGAGAAAUUCGACGAAGAAACGAUCAGUAAGCCUGAUUCUGCAAUCGUCGGUCUCUUACAGCAGAUGCUCGCCACGAGCGAGACGCGUUCACGCGCAGAUUCUCGUGCAAACUCGGUACACAGCCGUGCGCCUAGUCGUUCCAACUCCAUUAGCGGAUCUGGUCUUACCGAGCUCCAGUACGAGAGCAAGAAGAUCAUUGAAGAUGCUCUCGAGGGUCUUGUCAGUGCUGUGGCUUCCGACAAGUAUACCUCCAACAACGCUUCUUCUGGUGGGUUGUUCAGCUUUGCCAGAAGUGCAGUGUCUACCCCCGAACCUUCUUUCCUUCGACAAAGCAUCUCUAAGUGGAUGUAUGGAGAUGCUUGAGAGAAAUUUUGCCAACCUGUGGCCUCCACUCACCAUUAAUUUCUUCCUUCACACCCCUUCCGCUUGAUUGCUACAACCCUAUGGCCAGCGUCCGAUACGCAUGGCCAUAGUUCUUUCUCUUUGCAAAUCGCAUAGCAUGUAUUAGUAGAUCUCCCUUCUUCCAGUGGCAUAGUAUUCAGCGCGUUUUGUUUUCUUGCUCUUGUUCUACACAGCUCAAUCGGCUGGUACUCGAAUGGCUACUACCCUUUUACUUCUUGAC